CUUGAGAAAUCUUCAGAGACAUUCAUUGGUGGUUAAAGGGUGUUUCUCCGUUCCUAUACGGACUGCAACUUCCCCGACUGAGUUUAUGGUUCUUUCGUCAAAUACAUUUUGAAGUAUGGCUGAAAGUAAGGAACACUCCAGAAUUUGACUUGAGAUCUCAACCAACAGGUUUCUCACACCAUCCUCUAUCUUAACUUCCAUCAGAGAGGUAGAUUGUAAGUCAGCUUCACAAUGAACUGGGCAUUCCUCCAGGGCCUCCUCAGUGGGGUGAACAAGUACUCCACAGCGUUCGGCCGUGUGUGGUUGUCCAUUGUCUUCCUCUUCAGGGUCAUGGUGUUUGUCGUGGCGGCAGAGAAGGUGUGGGGUGACGAGCAGAAGGACUUCCAGUGCAAUACAGCCCAGCCUGGCUGCCAUAACGUCUGUUUUGACCACUUCUUCCCUGUGUCCCACAUCCGCCUAUGGGCCCUGCAGCUCAUCUUUGUCACCUGUCCCUCCCUCAUGGUGGUGAUGCACGUGGCCUACAGAGAUGAACGUGAGCGCAAACAUACGCUCAAAUAUGGCGAGGGCUGUCGGAAACUUUACAAGAACACCGGCAAGAAGCGUGGUGGGCUGUGGUGGACCUACGUCCUGACCCUGGUCUUCAAGAUAGCCGUGGACGCCACCUUUGUUUAUUUAAUCUACCAUAUCUACGAGGGCUAUGAUUUCCCCUCCCUCAUCAAGUGUGAGCAGAAGCCCUGUCCCAACAAGGUGGACUGCUUCAUCUCUCGCCCCACAGAGAAACGUAUCUUCACCAUCUUCAUGGUGGUCACCAGCCUGGCCUGUAUCCUGCUAUCCUUCUUUGAGAUCCUGUACCUGGUGGGGAAACGAUGUAAAGAGUGCUUCACCCGCAUACACCAAUCACGCAAAUCCACCAUCCAGUCACGCCAGGUGGCCAUGGCUACCUCGCUGGUGAUCGGUGGCAAGAAUCAAAUGGAGUCCAACUCACUAAAGUUGCCCAGCAAGGAUGGCUCAGCCCCAUCUUAUAGUCAGGGUUGGGGAGUAACUGAUUACAUGUAAUCAGUCACAUGUAACCGGAUUACUAAAAUAUAUUGUAAUAAGAUUACAGAUACUUUUGAUUACUUUUACAGUUGAAGUUGGAAGUUUACAUACACCUUAGCCAAAUACAUUUAUUUGACGAUUCAUUUCUGUGUUCAUGUGUAUGAUAGAUUAUAAAAUAAAUGCACUCUGCACAAAGCCAGUAGAGAGUGUUGAUUUGAGUGUGUUUCAGUAAACAUAGCUGUUGAUGAUAUAUCACAGAAUGUAUAUUACAUGGAUGUAAACAGUGUAGUCUAUAUAUACCAAUCAAAAGUUUGGACACACCUACUCAUUCAAGGGUUUUUCUUUAUUUUUACUAUUUUCUACAUUGUAGAA